AUGCACACGCAGCUGACGCAGUCCCCCCGCCGCCUGCCCCUGCAGCUGGAGCGGGAGCGCGCCGUGGCCCGGCAGCUGCUGCGCGACGGCAAGAAGGAAAAAGCCCUGUUUUUGCUGAAGAAGAAGCGCUACCAGGAGCAGCUCCUCGAUAAAACGGAGAACCAAGUCAGCAACCUGGAACGAAUGGUCCAAGAUAUUGAAUUCGCCCAGAUUGAAAUGAAGGUGAUUGAAGGCCUGAAGAUCGGCAACGAAUGUCUGAACAAAAUGCACCAGGUCAUGUCGAUAGAAGAAGUGGAAAGGAUAAUAGAUGAAACUCAAGAUGCCGUGGAAUACCAGAGGCAAAUAGACGAGAUGCUGGCUGGCAGCUUCACUGAGGAAGAUGAAGAUGCCAUCUUAGAAGAACUAAAUGCCAUUACUCAGGAACAGAUCGAGCUCCCUGAGGUUCCUACAGAGCCGCUCCCGGAAGAAAAGAUCCCAGAAGCGUCGCCAGUCAAGGUCAGGCCAAAGCCAGAACUGGUGGCAGCAUCAUAACUCCCACCCCCGGGGAUUUCCCCGAGUAACUGUCACCCAGGACGGUUCAGAAUCCCAACACGCACUGGCAGCAAGGAGCGCCUUGCCAGCGCCCCGGCUGCGCUGGGUGGGUGUACUGGAGCGGGGUUCCCCACACGGCGUGGGGAGCCUGGCCGGUUCUUGCUCAAGAUUAUUUUCUAGUGCUUUCUUUUUUUUGUAAUUUAAAUUCUGAACUCACUCAGCUGCACUGUCUCUGGAUUAGAUGAUGACUAUAACACUUCCAAAGCCAAAUGCUUCCCGCCGGCCUGGUUUCAAGUGCAGACCUGUCUUUGCAGCCAGCGCUGCCCUCACUUUUCCUGUACCUACGAGAGCCUCCUCUCGGAGCCACGUGCGUGCGUUACAUGGUUUGCACAGGAAGGGGCUGGUGUGCUCCUCGGGGCCUUCCUGUUCUCUCGUUCUUCUCUCGGCUGCUCUCGCCUGGUUCUGCUUGUGGAAGGGGCUCCACCGACUCCUGCCCCAUCUCCAUCUCUCUAGCAGGCAGGGUACUGGGGUCUGAGGAGAGAUCGCCAGGUCGUGGACAGUUUGCAGCCAGACUGGGAGGGGCCACCACUUCCGAGCUCCUGCGGGCAGUGACAGUGUCUUGUGCCAAAGAGGAAACUUGCUCAACAGAGCGGAGGAAGGAGUCGUAAUACUUCUGCAGCUUCUGUAGCUCAAGCCCCCGUGAGACUAUCUGCCCCUCGCUGAAUCUCAUUCAAAGCUCGUUUACAUGUGAGGCCAGCCUGCUCUUCUGGGCCAGGAUCUCCACACUGCCGACAGGGCAGUUGGCUGCAGCAGCACUAAUGAGAGAGAGACUGUUCCAACACGAGGUGGAAAAGACCCCGUCUCCUGCCAGGACGUGAGUCAGAUGCAGCCGGGAAGGAUUCCCGUGCCGACUGCGCUCUGCCCACUGGCCUGCAGACGUCUCCAGAGCUGCACGUGGCUGAACAGAACGGAAGGUGUAGGAAGCCGAUGAGCUUCCCGAGAGCAGAGCCAGGAUUUUCCUGCCUGCAAUGCUGCCCCAAAGCUGCCCUACGCCUAUUCUGUGGCUGGCCCACGUGUUGUCUAUGCUGCAUGCAGGUGGACGGAUGGGACCUUCUGCUCUUGGCUGUCCUCCCUGCGUCUUGCUUCUCGCUUGAGCAGUGUGAAUGGGGGACUGGUUCUGCACAGGAGCGAAGCAUGCGGCUUCACAAAUUAUCACGCUAAAGAUUGACUUCCUCCUCUGAAGAUGGCAAAGAGUAAGGACCAGUUAGUUCCAGGACUUGACACGCCUGCCGAGGACCCUAAGCCCAUCCUGUGGCGCAGGAGGGCACAGCCUGGCGCGGCUGUCGCAGGGGAUUUACCAUCUGUCUUGAACCAACCUUCUGUUCUCAAAAGCCUCAGGCCAGCUAGCGAGGGUGCAGCUGGGUGUAUCCAUCCGUUGGAGCUAGCGCAGUCCCAGGCAUCUCCAACAGAGGCUUGUCAGCUUGCAGAUGUGGCUCAGGCUAAUGCAGCCUGUGGCCUGCUCUCCCUUCCGUGAAGGCGGCGCCUUCGUUUCCACACUGGGGCAUUGAGACGCACGGUCUCUGGAGGGCUGCUUGGGUGCUGCUCGAUGUCGGGGGAACACAUGACCCGGUGCUAGAUAAUAAAUGUUCUGAGAGACUCUGCAGCUUCCCAGGGGACAGCGAUGGGCCAGCAGCGAAGUGUUCCUCCAGAAGGAAGCUUUCCCUUCAUUGCCGGCUUCCAAGGGCUGAACUUUCUGAGCUCUUUCCUGCCCGGGGUGCAGGGUGUCUGGAGUGUCAGGCUCUUCAGGCCAUCUGCAUUAGAUCCUAAGUAGCAUUUCCCGCAGAGUCAAGGUAGCAGCAGGUACCCUGGGCACCCUUGGCCUCAUGGCUGCUGGAUCCCUUUUCCAAGUAGAUGCGACCUUGCCAGCUGGUGUCUGGAAGAAAGAAGCGCCAACCCUUCCUGCAGCUGACAAGGCAGGAUGAAAGCAAGCCCCUUUCCAUGCACUCAUCUGGAGUAAAUGCCCAGGCAUUGCCCCACCAGUCCUCUUUGGAACAGCAGCCGAGCUGGCCCCGAGAUGAAGGCAAGAGAUUCUCCAUUCCCGUCCCUCGUGCGCCUCCCUGUUUUUUGUGAAGGGUUUGCUUUGUUUGUUCCUGGUUGUAGCAGCCUUUGAAUAUCCUGCAGUGGACCGCUAGAGGGAGACCUGACCUCAUCCGAGCAUCACUGUGGCUCCUUUUUGCUGCUGAACACACGGUUCUCCCAGUCAUUUUAACCUCUUGCUAGCUGCCUCUCUGCUGGCUCCUUUGAUUUCACCCCAGCUAACCCCUUCUGGCUAAUGGGAGCGCAUGCUGGGUGAUGACAGCGAACUCAAAGGAGGGGUGUUUUGCACUGGUGCAGACUUUUUUCCCCCUUUAGUAUUGUGAACACGCUCCAUUAGGCCGGGCUGUCGCGUAUCACUGUGCUCGAGGAAAGGGAAACACUUUUUAUGCUCCAGUUCCUGUCUUUAGCGAACGUCGCAGUAACGAGAGAUGCAAGCGAGGCAGCCCGAGAGGGGUAGCACAGCUGAUGUGUCAAGUGCCCUUAGCUGCCGGUCAGGGAGCUAACUGUCCUGCUUACCCUCCAUGACCUCCUGCCCAAAGCCCUGUCUGAGUCUCCAGCUUGGCUGAAGACUCGUAGCCCAGGCAGGCAGUCGGGCUAGCACCGGAGAGGUUAACGCAGCCCUCUGCUCGAUGAAGGCAGUGUCGUGCCGUCUGCUGAACGCUAAUGGGAAGGUUUGAAAGCAGAUUGCCAUCAACUUCCUGUUCUAAUCCCUGUACCAAACAGAUUGUACUGUGUCUCCUCGAGAGGAAAAGCCAGGAGCAGUGUGACCUCUGCGAUGUGCUGUAACAAUAAAGUGUUUCUAAUGGUUUCA